AUGUUCCUCUGCGUUCGCCCCCUGUGCCUCGCUACGCGCACAACGCCCUCGCCCUCGCCCGCGCACAUCUCCUCGGCUGGCCCCUCCCCCACUCGGCGCCUCCCCGCUUCUGGUCGCCCCGCCGCUCGCCGCUUGCCGCGCCACCCAUUGCACUUCGCCAUGGACGCCUCCGAGUACCCGCACAUGCAAGGGGGCGCGUCGUCUUCGUCGUCGUCCUGCCGCGCCGCCGACGCCGCCGCCUGGGACGCCGUGCAGCAACAGAAACGCCAGCGCUGCCAGGGAUCAUCAUCCGGUGAUAAAGUUGGAUCCUGUACAGAAAAUAACUCUUUCAAAACAUCUGAAGCCGAGCUACAGAAUUUUGACUCUGGUGAAAUUGAGGAAGAAGAUUAUUAUGUAGAUGAUGAAGAUGAAGGCUGCUACGAUGAUGACAAUGAAGGAUCUGACUAUGAAUUUGAUGAAAGUGAUUUCAAUCAGCAGCUGGCUGAUAAAUUUGACGAUUUAGAUCUGCCUCCUGGUGUGGAGGCUUCUGUACCAUGGUUGCAGAAAGCUGCAACUGAUGACGGCCCUGGCAUUUUUAAGUCAAUGUCAGAAAUAGAGGAUGAAAUUGGUAAGAAAUACAAGUUCUUCAAACAGUUUGACACUGUCGAGGAUUUCUCUGAUCAUCAUUAUGCUAAUAAACCUGUUGGAAAGACAGGGAAAGAGUGGACAAAAAGAAUUCAGCAUGACUGGAAACUUCUGGAGAACGAUUUACCAGCGUCCAUAUACGUCCGUGUCUCAGAGAAUCGAAUGGACCUUCUCAGGGCUGUGAUGAUCGGUCCUCAGGGAACACCCUACCAUGAUGGCCUUUUCUUCUUUGAUGCUCAAUUUCCUGCUAGUUAUCCUGCAAGUCCUCCAACUGUAUACUAUCAUUCUGGAGGACUUAGGCUUAAUCCAAAUUUGUAUGCUUGUGGAAAAGUCUGCCUUAGCCUCCUAGGCACCUGGGAAGGUCAUGGUUGUGAGAAGUGGAACUCAGCUCACUCAACCAUGUUACAAGUGCUAAUCUCCAUUCAAGCUCUCGUAUUGAAUGAGAAACCAUACUUCAAUGAGCCAGGAUAUGAAACAUAUGCCAAUAAUGCUAGUGGGCAGAGGACUGCCUUGGAGUAUAAUGACACAACAUUUCAAUACUCAUGUAGGACAAUGUUGUACUCGCUUCGUAGGGCUCCACAGCACUUUGAAGAUCUCGUUGCCGGCCACUUCCGAGAGCGCGGCCGUGCCAUUCUGGCUGCAUGCAAAUAUUACAUGGAGGGUAACAAAGUUGGGUCCGUAGUUCCUGACGAGGAUGAUGAGGACAAGGAACUGGAAAGCGCAAAUGCAGAAGGAUCCAGCUCCAGCAGUGCAGUGAAGCCGAAGAAUAAUCAGGUAGAUUUGCGUGCAGGCGCAGGUGUAGUUCGCCCUGCAUCCUUCAAGACCAACAUGGAGGUUCUGUUUGAAGAGCUCCUGAUGGAGUUCAAUGUGAAGGGUGCUGACACCAAGAAGUUCUGUGCCGAGAAGUUGAAGAAGAGCCAGCCUGCUGCUGCUUGA